ACCAGGCUCAAAAGCAGCACCCAUGCCUGUCUCUGGGUGGCAGGCGCUGCAGGCUGACGCAGGACCCACAAGGAAGCCGUGGGCGGGUGUGAGGUGACUUAUGAGGCUGAGCGCACUCCCGCCUAUCACACAGCCUUCUCCCUGCACCCUGACAAGGAGCGAUUGCCUCGGUGGCCCUGUGGCAGGAGCUGGGUGCCUAUGGCUGGGCACUGAGACCCCUGCCUCCUCCCCACUUCAGGGGGUGGCCUCGGGGCCACUCGCUCAGGAAAGCCGCAGGAGCUACAGGAAGAUGGCAUGCCUGCCUGCCACCCCACUGGCACUGGACUUGAGGAAGUGGCUUGGGCUUGGGCUCUUCGUGCUGCUUUGCCUUCAUUUAGGCUAUGGACUGGAAAAGAAAACAGUCAAUAGUAAAGUGGGGGCGAAAGUCGGCCUUCCUUGUUGUCAUGAAAUUCCCAGCUCAGAGAGCCUACAGAAUUACCGAGUCUACUGGCAGAAGAACACCACAGAGGUAGUGCUUGCCUACGCAGAGGGGAAGAAAAUCUCCACACACAAGCGAUACGAGAACAGGACAGAGAUGAACACCAGCAACCUCACCCUGUUGAUCUCUGCUGUGGAAAUCCUGGACAACGGCUCUUACCAGUGUGUAGUUCAGCACCGCAGAUCUUCACAGAACCCGGUUGUUGUGUGUGAUGAGUCUCUCACCCUUUUUGUUACAGCUGACUUCAGUAUGCCGAACAUAACAGCAGAAGUAUCUGCUGAGACUUGUGAAUCAACUGAGAUGGUGGUAAAAUGUUCUUCUUAUGGAGGUUUCCCUAAACCCAAAAUCUCUGGAGCCAUCAACAACGAGUCUGUGGUGUGGAAUGCCAGCUGGGUGUCCGAGUCCAACUUCAGCCCAUACAAUGUCACUGGCGAACUGCGGCUCAACGUAACCAAGGAAGACAACAUCACUUGUUCCGUGGAAUACAGUGGCUUUGCCAAGUCCACCAGUUUGCUUCUGAAAAACACAAAUAAGUGCAUUGUUCCUACUGCACCUCCAUCUUAUAAUGUCAUCACUGCUUCAAGUAUCAUCAUUAUCAUCUCCCUAUUGGCUAUCGCCCUAGCAGCAAGAUACUUCUCAAGGCAAGUCUGUUCUCGCUGUUAUAAGGCUCAGGAUUCAGUGGAAGAGGGUGAGAAAGAAUGUAUGAAGCCAGCCAUGAGCCCUAAAGUGACAUCUGAAGCAUCAUCUGUAUGACCAGAACACAUCUGCAGGUUUCUUAUCCUGUGUAUUCUGCACUGCAGUUCCCACCAUUUGUUGCACAGCGAUGCUUAUUGCAUUGACCCUUCGGCUUCCCGAAAGGGGAUGACAGCAGUAGAAAACUCUGCUCAAGAAGACUGACGACAUAAUCUCGUGUGAAUGAAUACAAAACCCCACCUACAGCACAGAAGCUGUGGGUGAUCUCAUUACAAUGGGGUCGCUGGAAUUCCAACUGGGAGGACCAUCCACGUUUCUGCAAUGGGGCAGCAUCAACACAUCUUCAAGAGUUUGGGAUCCUUUGGCUUUGAUGCUGCCUCUAUGGAAACCAGUGGGCCUGCAGAACCCUAGCAGGUAGCUCACACCCACCUGCUCCUUCAGUAACGCAGAGCUGGCCUUUUUGGAGACCCCAGACCCUGACAUACAAUCUUAAGUGUUGCCUCCAUCUUGUGACUGGGAGCAGCUAAAACUUUUGUAUUCAGCCUUGCAUGGGCAUCUGCCAGUGCUGUUCUUUGCACUGGAGGACUUUGGAUUUGGACUUUAUGAUUUCAGAUAUGUCCCCUCUCCCCUAAAGAGACAAUAGCGUGCAUGCUUUUCACCAAAAAAGCACCUUGAGGAGGGACUAUAUGCCUCAUGCUUAUUUUCAGUGCUAUGAGACUUUUUAGGGAACGAUACAUACUGAUGGCACACCUAACAGAUAACUAAUAUUGCUUAUCUACAGCAGUGGCAGAAGUUCUCAUAAUGUACUCUCCUGAAAGGAUGGUACUAACCCAGGUACCGAGAUACAGCUCCUCCAUUAAAUCAUUGAGAGAUACAGGAGCACAUCUGACACAGCGCAGCUUGCUGCUGGUGGUGUGUGAGUGCGCACAUGUGCGAGCCAAUAUAUGCAUUCCUUCCUACCUGCGCUUGUAAAGCCCCCUUUACAUUUCAGUGACACUCCAUAGUCCUCUCACAUGUAUCUACUGUAAUGAAAUAUAACUCAGGGUCUCGCUUCAUAAACAUGGGUCGCUUUCGUUUGUACAGUUACCUAGGAAUACUUGUUAGAGUAAGCUUUCCAGAUUCUUGGGAGUCUCUCACAGCAACAUAGGGAUUUACUUUGCAUUGAAUGCUGCUGCUUUCUACCAGCGUUGUCUCUACCUAGCCAGGACUUAAAAGAAGUUCCUUACAGGAUGCUAACAAUGCAUAGGACUCAUCUGAUCUGGGUGAUAUUCUUGCCUACUGUGUAGGAAAAAGUGGUUUCUCAUUUUCAGGGGAAAAGAGGAAAAAGCCCCAAGCCCCAACAAGCUUCCCAAGUAUCUCUGCGUAUUAAGCCAACACAACCUUGCCCUGAGUUUGACAGGCUUGUUUUUCCCUUUCACUCUGUCCCACCGCAAGCUGUACCCAUUCCCUUAGUGCUCGAUCCAUGUGCGUAGUUAGCAGGGCAGACCAAAUUCUGAAAGCUCCGUGCUGCCCUCUUUGUGGGAUGUUUUGUUGCUUGAGCCGUUUAUCUUGCUAGGACUCAGCAGAGAAAUAGUCUGUUCAUUUCACUUUUUGUUAGCAAGUACACAUUGAGGGAGAAAUUGCUGGAGGAAAUAGGAGGACUAAAGCAAUUUAUAGAGGAUUGAGCUAUGAGAGGCUAAAGGAUCAAGUCACUAGUAAAAAAUACGACAGUGCUCCCUUUCUACUCCUGCAGAGUCAUGCUGCCCCAUCAGAUUUCUUACUGCCUUUCCAUUGCACGAAGUGAAAUGGGAACUUCAGAACAUUCUUGUGGAGAAUUUUUGACAGAGAAAAGAAGAUAAUGUGGGUGAUAAGGAAACAAUACUCUUCACACUUGCACAUUCUGGUUACAAGCAGAACAUAGGUGAUACAGGAAGCAGUGUUUUCAAAAGGCAGCCAGACUUCACUGCAGCAGUUGAUGUAUGGGCAAUAGUGUGUCAUACUUCCAAGUUUCCUCUUCUUUCAGUCUAUGCUUGCUCUUUCCAGCAGAAUCUACUAGCUUCUUGAAGGCUCAACACCCUCUCUUUGUGUUUACUUUGCCGAUUUUCAACAUUGUGCUUCCUUCCCUAUAACCAUGAUGCAUUUCAUCCUAACAAACACACCAUAGCUCUGACAGUUGUACCAGCACAUUUUCCCUCUGACUAUCCCUUGCUCUAACUUCUGCUCUUGACUGACAAUUGCACAGCCUCCUGGAGAAGAGUUUGUCUUCUGCACCAUGCCAAACCUCUCUACAUCACCCCAGAGUCCUAUGACACUUUAAGUAACUCCUUCUAAAGGAAACAAAAAGUUUCACUGACAUAUAUAUCUAGCAUCUGUUUGGUUUUAUAUUCUUGAUAGGCAGGUUCUUUGGUUUAUUUUGUUCUUAAGCACUUAUACUAUGAAUCAUGUUUUCUAUUGCCUUAUGCUGUAUUCAGUGAAUUGCACACAAAUGGUUUCUGUGAGACCUUCUCAGCUUGGUAUCUGGGUCUUUGUACCAGGUGAGCUGCUCUGUUUAUCACGGGGUUUUUGUACAUAAUUCCCACCCACCCACCCCCAGGGUUUCUCUUUUAAUUGUAUUAAAAAAUAAAUUGUAAACUCAGUUUCCUUUCCUCAGUAAUAAAAAAAAGUCUGUUCUGUGUGCUGGGAAGUGGUAGAACUUCUCCGUUAUUCCCAUGAGCCCCAGCUACCAUUUUGCAGCUGCUGAAAACACACACAGUGUACUGCCAAGGCAGGCGAUGCAGCUGGCAAAGCUGUAACAGGUACAGCUGGCAUGGAGACACAGCUCUGUUUGGUGUGCUCAACAGCAACCACAGAACGGCACUCAGGUACCCAAGUUGUAAUGUCAGUGUAUCUCAUGUCUGUCAGUUUGUCAGGAGUAACUGAGCCAUGUAGCUAUGGUGCUCCACACUCCCUUUGCAACAGAUCUUCCUUUCACCUCCGAAAACAGGAUUUAUUUUUGAAAAAGCAAAAUCUAAUGUAAGCUGGUCUCACUGUAUCCCUGCUACUUGUGUUACUGGUCCUUCACUUGCAGAGCAGGUAACAACUUCAGUGCCGUGCUUUUGCUGGAGGGGGUGUUUGUGAAGAACCCCUUACAUUUGUAUUAAAAAAAUAAGCUCGGAACCAACUCUUCACUCCCCGUUUGGAAAGUGAAAUACAAGAAAUACAGUGAAUACAAGAAAUGAGGAAGUGCAGGGAACUAAAUUCAGCAGGAAAUGGAGCAAAAAAUGGCUGCUGAUCAUGAGUUGAGUGUAGAUGGUACUCUCUGCUUCCCCUUGCUCACGUGCAGCGUAAGGACAUCUAGCAGACCUUUCUUCUUUACAUGUAGAGAGAAUCCGCACAACUGCUACACCUUGGCUC